AUGUCGGCCUUGGUUGCACUCUCGCUCUUCGUGGUGAGCACCGUUGCAACCGUUGCUGAGCUCGAGCCUCUCGAGCCCAGUUGCCUUUUGCAGAAAGCCAAGGAGCAACAGGAGCAAAAGGCAACUGGGCUCGAGCAACAGCUUGUGGCGCGGGAGCUGCACCAGGUGAAACCUCUGGAGCAACAGCUGGAACAGCUCCUUCUGGCUACGACUUCGAGUGCGGCCCAAACUGCAGAUGCGCAGGCUUUAUCAACCCCGGAGCUACAGGGCUCACUAUUGGUCAAUGCGCAGACCGUUGUGCAAGCCAGGAAGGAUUCAUCUUCGCCCCGUUGGGGCACGUUUUCACUAUGGCACUUCUCAGGUGUGGAGACAGACUUUCAUUCAGAAGAGACUGGCGGAACCAAGAAGUUCCCCGUCGAUUGGCAAGUCUACGCACACUAUUCAGGUGGCCAAUCCUUCACAAAGAGCUUGCUUCUCAUUGACAAGUCAGGAGGAUCGAUGCGACAAAUGCUCGAGAUCACCUCACAGGACUGCAAGUGGAAAGCACGAAAAGGAAACGAAGAGUGGACUGUGGUGGACUCGGUACACAAUGAGUCCAUCUCUGUCCCGGAUGCUGGAGAGUACAUCACAGGCUUCGACCUCAGCAGGACGACCAAUCCUCAUGGGCAUCGCUUUCCCAACCGUGUGCGCUUCAACAUGCACACCAAGAAUGGAAAGUCAGAUAUUGCGGUCCUGAGCCUCAGUUGCAGGCCAAGCCACAACAUCAAUGUCCAAAUCUCCAUGAAACGCAAGAGUGACCAGCAAUUUGUGGAUGGUGAAUUGAAGGCCGGCCGCAAGUUGCUAUCUACGCUGCAGACGUCGACCGACUCUGAAUUCAGUGUGGAUAGUAAGUGGCAAGAGCUUGGAGGAAGUGAACAAGCAGCUCUGUACCUUCAGCUAGCUGAUGAAGAUCGAGCAUCGGUUGCCUUGUUGCAGACCCAUGGCUGUGGUGAUGCUGAAAAAGAGUUGGCCAAACAGACUUGUUCCAAGCAUUUGGGAGAGGAGCAUGGCACAGAGGACGCACAUUUUCUUGAAGAUUGCAUUUAUGACCUUUGCCAUGGUGCUGGCGAGACGCAAGCAGAACUUGUAGCAGAGCUUCUCGCCACGACCAGGGCUGAAGCCAGCUCGACAGAUUCCACUGCGGGUUUUCAGAGUGCUGAACUUAGCAAGAACAAGAUGAACAAGGGUGCGCACAUUUUCUCAGCAGUAUUUUUCAUUCUACUGUAA